CAAAUUAAUUGUAUGAUUUUGUUUCCAUUAUAGUUAUGAAUGACUAGGAAACUUUUCUGAUGAACAAUUAUGAUCAGAGAUUAAAUUAAAUGUGUCUAGUCUUGCUCAUUCGAUCAUAGUCUCUUCUGUGAUUAAGGUUUGAGCUAUAAUUUAGAGAAAUUUUGAGGGUAAAAGUGCAAAUAAUCUUCCUCCUUUCAUCAUCAUCAUUAUUUAAAAAUCCGAAAAGAGAAAAAACAAAAAUAUCAGCUCCAUCUCAGUGCAGCCCAAAAAUCUGGAAUAAAUAGGUUCAACCAGCUUGAGUUAGAAGAGAUACCAUUCAAAUCAAUUUCAAUUUUCAACCUCUAUGUGUCUCUUUAGGCUUUAGCCCACCUUUCUUCCAUACAGUCCAAAUACAUUGACUAAAUUUAGAAAAACUUUUCUGCGCACAAAAGCAAACCAAAAGAAUAUAUCAAAGCCAAUUCAUGGGAAGCAGAAAGGCAAUUGACAACUCCGGCCAGGAAACGCCAGAACCUCCACCGGCGCGCUCCCGUUCUAGUUGCGGCUUUGAAGCAAGCCAUGAGCUGGAAAAAGUGCUUUCCGACACCGAAAAACCGUACCUGAGUCGCCUCCGACAGGCGUCGUGGAUCGAGCUGAAACUCCUCUUCCGGCUGGCUGCUCCGGCAGUUAUGGUCUACUUGAUCAACAACUCCAUGUCCAUGUCCACUCGGAUGUUUGCCGGCCAGCUCGGGAAUCUCGAGCUCGCCGCCGCCUCCCUUGGUAACCAAGGCAUCCAACUCUUCGCCUAUGGCCUCAUGCUUGGGAUGGGAAGUGCGGUGGAGACACUAUGCGGGCAGGCGUACGGAGCCCGGAGAUACGACAUGUUAGGGGUUUACCUACAAAGAUCGGCAGUUGUACUUCUCAUAACCGGACUCCCAGUCACACUCCUUUACAUUUCAUCAAAAUCAAUCUUAAUUCUACUUGGAGAAUCCAAAUCCAUGGCUUCAGCAGCGGCCCUUUUCGUAUAUGGCCUAAUCCCACAAAUCUUUGCAUACGCAAUAAACUUCCCUAUACAAAAAUUCCUACAAGCACAAAGCAUAGUUGCCCCUAGUGCAUACAUCUCCUUAGGGACAUUGUUUUUACAUGUCUUUCUGUGUUGGGUGGUGGUUUAUAAGAUUGGAUUGGGAUUGAUUGGGGCAUCAUUGGUGUUGAGUUUGUCAUGGUGGAUAAUUGUGGCGGCUCAGUUUGUGUACAUUGUGGUGAGUGACAAGUGUAAGGCAACUUGGACUGGUUUCAGUUGGGAGGCUUUCAGUGGACUUUGGGAGUUUGUGAAAUUGUCGGCUGCUUCUGCUGUGAUGUUGUGCUUGGAGACUUGGUAUUUCCAGAUCCUGGUCUUGCUUGCUGGUUUGCUCCCUAAUCCUGAGCUCGCUUUAGAUUCUCUCUCAGUCUGCAUGGCAGUAAAUGGACUGAUGUUCAUGGUUUCAGUUGGGUUCAAUGCUGCGGCUAGUGUAAGAGUUGGGAAUGAACUAGGGGCAGGGAACCCAAAGUCAGCAGCAUUUUCAGUGUUUAUGGUUAACUUGGUGUCAUUCAUUAUCGCCAUCGUGGAAGCCAUGAUUGUGUUAUCAUUGAGGCAUGUAAUCAGUUACGCCUUCACAAGUGGUGAAGUCGUAGCUAAUGCAGUUUCAGACCUUUGUCCAUAUUUAGCUGUUACUCUCAUCCUCAACGGCGUUCAACCUGUUCUGUCAGGUACGUAUAACAAAUACAAAUACAAAAAAAAAAAAUACUUAUUAUUUAGUAUUCCCUCUGUCCCAUAAUUAUUGUCCAGUUUGAGUUUUCAUUUCUAGUUCAAAUUAUACUAAAAGUGAAAUCUCAAAAUGAACAGUAAUUUUGGGACGUCACUUAACUUGAAAGAUCUCUCCAUUUAACCAUUAACAAUUAAUUGAUCAGUUGAUUAGUUCUUUUUAAGGGGUCCAGUUCACAUUACUAACUAAAGAGGUGUAACUUUCAAUAACUAGAUUCAAUAACAUCUGCUAGCUCUACGUAAUGGAUCUAAAACAAGAAUAAUACUAUAAAUAAUUGAUUGAACUUUUCUUGAGAUGAUAACAAAGGUUCCGUGAUGAACAUAUGUUGUAUUAUUAGUUAGCUUACUGGGGUCGAAUAUUCCAUUGGGAUGUAUGCGAGUGAGAUCGAUGUAACACAAACUAUAGUAGUAUUAUUAGUCACUGUAAUCUAGUCAUCGUGUAGAAAACGUUCAUAUCUUUCGGAGUUGUCAGAAUUUGUUUGUGUCUCUCCAUCUUUUGGAACUUUCUUCAGAGUAAUUUAUUUAUAUAGGGAUAAACAGCCAUCACCUUUUGGUUUUGAUGGCAACCCAUUUUAAUUAUAAUAGAGUACAUAUGUCAUUUGGAGGCAUUCGAUCUUUUGUUCUUUUACUAAUCACUUUCUUGGAUCAGAUAAGGUUCCAUCAUGUUUACUCUUUCAGAUUCAAACAAAAUCCACCCUCAAUUUUUCUAAUGGAGAAACUUCAAAUUUUUGUACAUCAUAGUCAAAGAUAGUGUCGAAGACCUCACAAUUUUAUUAAUUACUUCCUCACUAAUUAUUGUUAGUAGUAUAUCGCAAACGAGAUAAUUAUUGUGAGACGGAAUUAGGGAAUAGGAAGUAAUUAUGGCAGUACAUGACGGUACGUAUGAAAUAUUAGGUGUGGCUGUUGGAUGUGGAUGGCAAGCAUUUGUGGCGUACGUAAAUGUUGGAUGCUACUACGUUGUUGGGAUUCCACUGGGUUGCGUUCUUGGUUUUAAGUACAACCUCGGCGCCAAGGUAACAUUCUCAAUCUUCUACCAAAAACCCUUUUUUCUGUUUUUCGUAACGUUAUCCUCGAUCACAAGAUAUUUGUAAAAUCAAUAUGCACGAAGCGCUGUUUUUUUUUUAAGAGAUUAUUUUUUUCUAAUAUGUGUAUUAUUAGUUUAGAAAGCUGAGAAUUUCAUUGCAUUCAUUGUAUGCCAGCGGAAUGAAAGUUGGUAAUUGCUAUUAUUAAUCGAAUGGCUCGUAUUUAAGAUGUUUAAUUAUGUAGGGAAUAUGGUCGGGAAUGAUAGGUGGGACAAUGAUGCAGACCCUCAUCUUACUGUGGUUCACGUUUCGUACGGAUUGGAAUAAAGAGGUUCGUCUCUUUCUGUCUGUGUGUGUGUGUGUGUGUUCUUUUCGAAAGAAAGAAGACCGGUUCAGCAUUUUUCUUUUCCGGAUGGAAUGCAAUUAUGGCAAUAAAUCAAUGUGAAGUAAUCAUGGAAUGUACUACUUGGAAAAGUUGAGAGGAGUUAAGCUACUUAUAAGAAUGAUUUCUAAUGUUGGAAUUUUUCAGGUGGAGAAAGCCAGAAAAAGGUUGGAAGAAUGGGAUGAUGUCAAACAACCCCUUUUGCAGUAGAAGUAUAUUUUCAAUUUUUUUUUAAUUAUUAUCUAUUUAUGACACCAAGAAAAGAUUGUUUUCUUUUUUAGUUGGUUUUUUCAUAAUUAAAUAAUAAUAACUGUCUCAUACCAGUAUAUCUUUUUAUAUUUCUAAUAUAUUUUUUUUUACAUUCUCAAUAUAAAAAAUACUUAAAAACACACACUAAAAAAACGAAACAAACAUA